ACCGAUAGCACUUUGUUGUUGUUAGCAGCUGUGUCAAUCAACGUCGACAAAAGUAAAUAAAAUAUAGAAAAAUACAAAUAAAUAAUUAGCACUUAUUAAUAGCAAAAAAUAUAAAUACAAUUUUGAACUCGAGACUACCAAAAUCUAAUCAGCUGCAAUUACGCAGAUCAGAUUUAAGUAGUUCCAAAGUAACUAGUUCCGAACGUGUUGUGAUUUCGCAGCGGCCGCAUUUGUGGCUUAUAAUUUCCUUAUUCCCCCAAAACCACAUAAAUAAGCGCGAUUCGAAAGCAGGUUUUGCAUUCAUUGCAAAACAGUGCUAAGGCGUGCAGCUGAAUAAUCUAGAUACUAAUCCAGAUAUAGUAUAAAUCGGACUUAGAAUGUCUCAACAACCUGUUGCUUUCCUCACUCGUCGCGAGACUUUCAGCGCCUGUCAUCGUCUACAUAGUCCCCAGUUAAGCGAUGCGGAGAAUCUGGAAGUCUUCGGCAAGUGCAACAAUUUCCAUGGCCAUGGACACAACUACACAGUCGAGAUAACCGUGCGUGGACCCAUCGAUCGUCGAACUGGAAUGGUGCUGAAUAUCACCGAGCUAAAGGAAGCGAUUGAGACAGUGAUUAUGAAGCGUUUGGAUCACAAAAAUCUUGACAAGGAUGUGGAAUACUUUGCCGACACACCUAGUACCACCGAAAAUUUGGCCGUAUAUAUUUGGGACAACAUCCGGCUGCAGCUGAAGAAACCCGAACUGCUGUACGAGGUAAAAAUCCAUGAGACACCAAAGAAUAUCAUCAGCUAUCGCGGUCCAUAUCCCCUCAAUGGUAUCUAUAAUCCCAUAAACAAACGCAUAGCUCACGAUUCCUGCACCAAUAUUUCAUCGGAUUCGGAUUAAGCAGCUAGACAGAAUAUAUUAAAAAUGCAUUCGAACUUGGUGACAUUGCCUAACGAAUUUACUUGGACCAAUGCUCAGCGAACACUUACCCAACCUUCUUAACAAACACCCAUAGAAAAAGACACUUACCAUGUAAGAGAUUAAACAGCUAUACGAAUUACGAAGUAUGUAGAAAUAAUCUAUGUUUAUGCAACAUAUUACUGAAUAAAAACUAAAGCAAAUGAAAAUAUA